GAUUGUAAUGGGAGAGUUGUCCCCACUGAUGGGGGCAGAUACGAUGUUCAUCUGGGGGAGAGGAUGCGGUAUGCUGUGUACUGGGACGAGCUACCAUCAGAAGUGAGACGAUGUACAUGGUUUUACAAGGGAGACAAAGACAAUAAAUAUGUUCCCUACUCAGAGGGCUUCAGCCAAGUGUUGGAGGAAACCUACAUGCUUGCUGUAACUCUGGAUGAAUGGAAAAAGAAACUGGAGUCUCCCAACAGAGAAAUUAUUAUAUUACACAAUCCAAAGCUCAUGGUGCAUUACCAGCCAGUUGCAGGGUCUGAUGAAUGGGGGUCAACACCUACUGAGCAGGGUCGACCAAGAACAGUGAAGAGAGGGGUUGAGAACAUCUCUGUUGACAUUCAUUGUGGAGAACCUUUACAAAUAGAUCACUUGGUUUUUGUAGUCCAUGGGAUUGGACCAGCUUGUGAUCUCCGCUUUCGAAGCAUUGUACAGUGUGUUAAUGAUUUUCGCAGUGUUUCCUUGAACUUGCUACAGACACAUUUUAAGAAAGCCCAAGAAAAUCAGCAGAUUGGGAGGGUAGAAUUUCUUCCAGUCAACUGGCACAGUCCUUUGCAUUCUACUGGUGUUGAUGUAGAUCUGCAGCGAAUAACUCUGCCCAGCAUUAACCGCCUCAGGCACUUCACCAAUGACACGAUUCUGGACGUCUUCUUCUACAAUAGCCCCACCUACUGUCAGACUAUCGUGGACACAGUUGUUUCUGAAAUGAACCGAAUAUACACACUUUUUCUGCAGAGGAACCCUGAUUUCAAAGGGGGUGUAUCCAUUGCUGGUCAUAGUUUAGGUUCGCUUAUAUUGUUUGAUAUCCUAACAAAUCAGAAAGAUUCUUUGGGGGAUAUUGACAGUGAAAAGGAUUUGCUAAAUAUUGUUAUGGAUCAAGGAGAUACACUGACACUAGAGGAAGAUUUGAAGAAACUUCAACUCUCUGAAUUCUUUAGUAUCUUUCAGAAGGAGAAAGUUGAUAAGGAAGCCCUGGCUUUAUGUACAGACAGAGAUCUUCAGGAAAUGGGAAUUCCUUUAGGACCAAGAAGGAAGAUAUUAAACUAUUUCAGGACCAGAAAAAAUUCAAUGGGUAUUAAUAGACCAACGCUGCAGUCAGUUUCAGGGGCAAACAUCCCCAAAGAAUCUAAGCUCGGCAGUAGUACUGAUGAUACUAGAAAUGGGGACUAUUUGGAUGUUGGCAUUGGGCAGGUGUCUGUAAAAUACCCCAGGCUCAUUUAUAAACCAGAAAUAUUCUUUGCCUUUGGAUCUCCAAUUGGAAUGUUCCUUACUGUCCGAGGACUAAAAAGAAUUGACCCCAACUACAAAUUUCCAACGUGCAAAGGCUUCUUCAAUAUUUAUCAUCCUUUUGAUCCUGUGGCUUAUAGGAUUGAACCAAUGGUGGUCCCGGAAGUGGAAUUUGAGCCAAUGCUGAUCCCACAUCAUAAAGGCAGGAAGCGGAUGCAUUUAGAACUGAGAGAAGGCUUGACCAGGAUGAGUAUGGACCUUAAGAACAACUUGCUAGGUUCACUGCGGCUGGCCUGGAAGUCUUUCACCAGAGCUUCGUACCCUGCCUUACAGGCUUCAGAAACUGCAGAAGAAAGUGAAGCAGAACCCGAGUCAAGUGCAGAGAAGCCUAUUGAUGUUAACACAGAAGAGCCCUCUGUGUCAGUCAAAGAAGAAGUCUUGCCCAUCAACGUGGGAAUGCUGAACGGAGGCCAGCGCAUUGACUAUGUGCUACAGGAGAAGCCCAUUGAAAGUUUUAAUGAAUACUUAUUUGCUUUACAAAGCCAUCUGUGCUACUGGGAAUCUGAAGAUACAGUACUGCUGGUCCUCAAAGAGAUCUACCAAACCCAGGGAGUCUUCCUCGAUCAGCCUUUACAGUAAAAAUGACACAUCUGUGGCUGCUUAAUGUAAGUUUUUAAAUGUCAUGUAUGCAGCAUAGUUCUUACUAAUUAACAUGUUAUAAGGAACUGUGGAGCCUCAAGCUCUCUAUAAAUAUACCUUUCUGUUGCCUAUCA